AUGGACUCGGCCAAGCUUCAGCGAGCUGUCGACGACUGGCUCCGACUCGACCAGGUGCGCACACCUCUCCCAGCCCUGUCGACCUCCCCUGCAGCGCCAGCUAACCUGGCAAGCCGCCUGCAGAACGAGACGACCCGCGCCGAGGUCGAGCGCCUCGUCGCCUCGGCCGACACCGCCGAGUUGACCAAACGCUUCUCGACCCGCAUCGCGUUCGGCACGGCCGGCCUGCGCGGUCCGAUGCAGGCCGGCACCUCGUCCAUGAACGACCUCACCAUCCUCCAGGCCAGCACGGGCCUCGCCAAGUACGCCGAGCGCACGACCGACGCCGCAAAGGAGCGCGGCAUCGUCGUCGGCCACGACCACCGGCACAACUCGACCCGGUUCGCCCACUUGACGGCCGGCGUGUUCAGGAGGAGAGGCUGGACGGUCUACGAGCUCGAGGGCCUCGUCCACACGCCCAUGGUGCCUUUCUCGACGAGCCACCUCAAGGCUGCAUUCGGCGUCAUGAUCACGGCGAGCCACAACCCGGCAAAGGACAACGGCUACAAGGUCUAUUGGGAGAACGCCGUCCAGAUCAUUCCGCCGCACGACCACGGCAUCGCCACCGCCAUCGAGGAGUCGAUCGAGGUCGACGCCGACGCCUGGAACCCGCCGGCGCCGACCGACGGCUGGACCGGGACCGGCGAGCUCGUCAAGCUGUACCUCGACAUGGUCGCGUCCAUGUCGCUCCACAAGGAGACCAACUCGACGACGCCGCUCAAGUUCGCCUACACGGCCAUGCACGGCGUCGGCCUCCCCUUUGCGCGCUCGGCCUUCUCCGCCUUCAACUUUCCCGCCUCGUCGCUCGUCGUCGUCCCCGAGCAGGCGCACCCGGACCCCGACUUCCCGACCGUGCGCUUCCCGAACCCGGAGGAGCACGGCGCGCUCGACCUCGCCUUGGCGCACGCCGACCGCGAGGGCGCCACCGUCGUGCUCGCCAACGACCCGGACGCCGACCGGUUCUGCGCGGCCGAGAAGGGCGACGAGGGGCGGUGGACCGUGUUCACGGGCGACCAGCUCGGGACGUUGCUCGGGGCUUGGGCGCUCGAGCGGUACAGGGCGAGCGGCGGGCCGAUCGAGAAGCUCGCCAUGUGCGCGUCCACCGUCUCGUCCAAGAUGCUCGAGUCGAUGGCCAAGAAGGAGGGGUUCCAGUUCCGCGAGACCUUGACCGGCUUCAAGUGGCUCGGCAACGAGAUGCAGAAGCUCGAGGGCGAGGGCUUGUCGCCCGUGUUCGCCUACGAGGAGGCGAUCGGUUACGCCAACGGCUCGAAGGUUCGCGACAAGGACGGCGUCACGGCGCUCGCCCUCUUCUGCGAGCUGGCGACCGUCCUCGCGCGCUCCAACACGACCCUGUCGGCCCAUCUUGACGCGCUGUACGACCGGUACGGCUUCCACGCGACGUCCAACAGCUACUUCAUCAGUCGAGACUCGACCGUCACGGACCGCAUCUUUUCGCUCCUGCGGUUCGGCAACCCGGACACGGACUCGUCGACCGCUUCGCCCUCGCAGCUCGCCCUCCCGACCUCGCUCGGCGGCUACCCGCUCACGGCCAUCCGCGACCUCACCGUCGGGUUCGACUCGGGGAACGCGCCCUCGUUCGAGCCGACGCUGCCGGUCGACCGCAGCGCGCACAUGAUCGGGUUCGCGCUCGGGAGCACGGACACUGGGGGAGAGGGCGACGGCGUCGAGGUGGUCGGGACGGUGCGCACGAGCGGGACCGAGCCAAAGAUCAAGUUCUACCUCGAGGCGCGCGGCGCAGACCGGGCGGCGGUGCGGCGCAAGCUCGAGCGGGUGCGCGCGGCGCUCGGCGACGAGUGGCUCAGGUGGGAGGAGAACGGGCUCGAGAGGGCGUAGAACGGGUAUGAAGCGGUACUGAACUGUGUGUGGUCGUUCAGG